UCGAGCGCACAUUGACUCCGGGCACUCUGAUCUAAGCGCUCUUCCGCGGGUUUGCACUACAGAUCCGACACUGGACGCGAUUUAAACUCAUUUUUGGCCGUUCGUGUUGAAAGUGAGCACCAUGUCAUACAACUACGUGGUGACCGCGCAGAAGCCCACUGCAGUAAAUGCUUGUAUCACGGGUCACUUCACAUCAGCCGAGGAUCUGAACCUAUUAAUAGCGAAGAACACACGUCUGGAGAUCUAUGUGGUCACCGCUGAGGGACUUCGGCCUGUCAAAGAGGUCGGCAUGUAUGGCAAGAUCGCAGUGAUGGAGCUCUUCAGACCAAAGGGUGAAAGUAAAGAUCUUUUGUUCAUUUUGACGGCGAAAUACAACGCCUGUAUCUUGGAAUACAAGCAGAAUGGAGACAGCAUUGACAUCAUCACCCGUGCACAUGGAAACGUUCAGGACCGGAUAGGACGUCCAUCAGAGACGGGGAUCAUUGGUAUAGUGGAUCCGGAAUGUCGUAUGAUCGGCUUGCGGCUCUAUGAUGGCCUGUUUAAGGUCAUUCCACUGGACCGUGACAACCGUGAGCUGAAAGCCUUUAACAUCCGACUGGAGGAGCUGCAGGUCAUAGAUGUUCAGUUCCUGUAUGGCUGUCAGGCGCCCACUGUCUGCUUUAUUUAUCAGGAUCCUCAGGGCAGACAUGUGAAGACAUAUGAGGUUUCUCUUAGAGAGAAAGAAUUCAAUAAAGGUCCCUGGAAACAGGAAAAUGUUGAAGCAGAGGCAUCAAUGGUCAUUCCAGUCCCUGAGCCAUUUGGAGGAGCUAUAAUUAUUGGACAGGAGUCAAUCACUUAUCACAAUGGAGACAAAUACUUAGCCAUUGCCCCUCCGACUAUUAAGCAAAGCACCAUAGUGUGUCAUAAUCGUGUGGAUCCCAACGGCUCGCGCUAUCUGCUGGGAGAUAUGGAGGGCAGACUGUUCAUGCUGUUGUUGGAGAAAGAAGAACUGAUGGAUGGAGCUGUGGUGCUCAAAGACCUGCGAGUGGAGCUCUUAGGAGAGACCUCUAUCGCUGAGUGUCUGACUUAUCUGGAUAAUGGUGUGGUGUUUGUGGGUUCCAGGCUUGGAGAUUCUCAGUUGGUUAAGCUGAAUGUGGACAGUAAUGAUCAAGGUUCAUAUGUUGCUGUUAUGGAGACGUUUACUAACCUAGGGCCUAUAGUGGACAUGUGUGUAGUGGACCUUGAAAGACAGGGACAAGGCCAGUUGGUGACGUGCUCUGGAGCAUUUAAAGAAGGUUCGCUGAGGAUUAUUCGCAAUGGCAUAGGAAUUCAUGAGCAUGCCAGCAUUGACCUGCCUGGAAUCAAAGGACUUUGGCCUCUCCGUUCAGAGUCAGGCAGAGACACUGAUGACAUGCUUGUGCUGUCUUUUGUGGGUCAGACCCGAGUCCUGAUGCUGAGUGGCGAGGAGGUGGAGGAGACCGAGCUUCCAGGCUUUGUGGACAAUCAGCAGACGUUUUUCUGUGGAAAUGUGGCACACCAGCAGCUCAUACAGAUCACAUCAGCAUCCGUGCGGUUGGUCACUCAGGACAGUAAAGCGUUAGUGAGUGAGUGGACCGAGCCUCAGGGCAGAAACAUCAGCGUGGCGUCCUGUAACAGCACACAGGUGGUGCUGGCAGUGGGGCGGGUCCUCUAUUAUCUUCAGAUCCUUACAGGAGAACUCAAACAGAUCAGCUCUACAGAGAUGGAGCAUGAGGUGGCAUGUUUGGACAUCACUCCUCUGGGUGAGACGGGACACGAGUCCAGUAUCUGUGCUGUCGGCCUUUGGACAGACAUCUCAGCACGACUGCUGAAGUUACCCUGCUUCAGUCCACUUCAUAAAGAGAUGUUGGGUGGAGAGAUCAUACCUCGUUCUAUCCUCAUGACGACAUUUGAGGGAAGUCAUUACCUGUUGUGCGCUCUGGGAGACGGGGCGCUCUUUUAUUUUGGACUUGACAUUCAAACAGGUGUUUUAAGUGAACGAAAGAAAGUGACUCUCGGCACUCAGCCCACGGUUCUGCGCACAUUUCGAUCUCUCUCCACGUCAAAUGUGUUUGCCUGUUCGGACAGACCCACCGUCAUUUACUCCAGCAACCACAAACUGGUCUUUUCUAAUGUCAACCUAAAGGAGGUCAACUACAUGUGCCCGCUUAACUCUGAGGGCUACCCUGACAGUUUGGCUCUGGCCAAUAACAGCACUCUGACCAUCGGCACCAUUGAUGAGAUCCAGAAACUUCACAUCCGAACUGUACCCCUCUAUGAGUCUCCCAAGCGGAUUUGUUAUCAGGAGGUGUCUCAAUGUUUUGGAGUUUUGUCCAGCAGAGUGGAAAUGCAGGAUGCCAGUGGAACCACAUCAGCUGUGCGACACAGCGCUAGUCAACAGGCGUUGUCCAGCAGCAUGAGCUCCAGUAAACUUUUUCCCAGCAGCACCGCACCUCAUGAGACGUCCUUUGGAGAGGAAGUGGAGGUUCACAGUCUACUGGUGGUUGAUCAGCACACAUUUGAGGUGCUUCAUGCUCAUCAGUUCCUGCAGAAUGAGUAUGCUUUGAGUAUGGUCUCCUGUAAGCUGGGCAGAGACCCUGCUGUUUAUUUCAUAGUUGGCACAGCAAUGGUAUAUCCAGAAGAGGCGGAGCCUAAACAGGGCCGAAUCAUCGUCUUUCACUAUACAGAUGGUAAACUUCAGACGGUUGCAGAGAAGGAGGUUAAAGGAGCCGUUUACUCCAUGGUGGAGUUUAAUGGCAAACUUCUGGCCAGCAUCAACAGCACUGUGCGUCUCUAUGAAUGGACAGCAGAGAAGGAGCUGCGUACUGAAUGCAAUCAUUAUAAUAAUAUUAUGGCUCUGUAUCUGAAGACUAAAGGAGAUUUUAUACUGGUGGGCGACCUGAUGCGCUCGGUUCUCCUGUUAGCCUAUAAACCUAUGGAGGGCAGUUUUGAGGAGAUUGCCCGGGAUUUUAAUCCGAACUGGAUGAGUGCUGUAGAGAUCUUAGAUGAUGACAACUUUCUUGGAGCAGAAAAUGCGUUUAAUUUGUUUGUUUGCCAAAAAGACAGUGCGGCAACUACAGAUGAAGAGCGACAGCACCUACAGGAGGUGGGCUUGUUUCAUCUGGGAGAGUUUGUCAAUGUGUUUUCCCAUGGAUCUUUAGUCUUACAGAAUCUUGGCGAGAGUUCGACUCCUACACAGGGUUCUGUGCUCUUUGGCACAGUUAAUGGGAUGAUCGGUUUGGUGACGUCACUAUCAGAGGGUUGGUAUAGUUUACUGCUGGACCUCCAGAACAGACUCAACAAAGUCAUCAAGAGUGUCGGCAAGAUCGAGCACAGUUUUUGGAGGUCAUUUCAUACAGAGCGCAAGACUGAGCAAGCCACAGGAUUCAUAGAUGGAGAUCUUAUUGAGAGCUUUUUGGAUUUGGGUCGUGCCAAGAUGCAAGAGGUUGUGAGCACACUUCAGAUUGAUGACGGUAGUGGAAUGAAGCGGGAAGCUACAGUGGACGAGGUUAUUAAGAUCGUGGAAGAGCUGACGCGGAUCCACUAAGCUACCAGAGCAUCACAGAUCUGUAGAUAUCUAUAAAUAAAUGCGAGAGCAUGUUAGAUGUGAUAACGCAACUCCCUAUGAAUUCUCAUCAUCAUUUGCAACUGCAUAUUUAUGGUGUUAGUUGUCAAGAAGCAUAAUUUUUCUUUCUGUUAAAUAGUGAUUUUCGGUAGUUUUAGUAAAGCCGUUUGUUGUGUUUUUCUUGUUCAUUUAUUUUUAAUAAAGUUUGUUUCGAAACAUUUUCAA